CUUGUAGGUGUGCAAGACUUUGACUUCAGGAGCUUGGUAGUAAAGUUUCACCGUGCACGUGCUUAGUUCUCACCGGAUUGUAUUGUUUUCCCAUCGAUCCAUUAUCAGCUCUGUUUUGAAUCACAUCUUCUGCUCGUCCAAAAUCAAAUGGCUUCCUGUCCUGCGUUUGCCUUCUGCGUCCGAUUCGUUUAAUAGCAGAAGUAGAGCACGCUUGCUCCGUCAGAUAUUCUUGAAGAUGAGGUAAAAUAAGGCAAUCGGAGCCGAUAGGAAAGGACGUCGGUUUGAAGGCGCGACCCUUCGCGUGGUGUGAAGAUGUCCCGUUUGGGCGAGAGAGAGGGUGUUGCGGUCCCACCGGAAGGGCUGGAGGACGAGCACCGCGACAGUGCGAGUUUCGAUCGAAAUGACGAUGAUUUGGAAUCCAUCCGAUCUUCUCUCAGCGAACACGUCGAGAACACCGUUUGGACAGGACCUUGUCUCUACCUCGUGUACCCCCUGAGUGGCCCGUCGUCCAUUGUUCAUUUGCAGCGCCCAGACGUGAUGCUUCCGAUCAACGAUGAUUUAGAUGUCGAACUGCUGGCUCAACACUUGAUCACGUACGGUAUCCGGCACGUCCGCAACGCCGAGGUGCAUCUACGAGAUCUGUCAAACGCGCAGUUGGCCAAUCUAUUUGAGAAACUGGGCAAGAGGAACGCGUUGUUGGAUACGACGUUGCAGUGCUCUUUAGGUCCGAACGUCGAGACUUUAACAUUGCAGAGUUGCUACGCUUUGAGAAAGUCAACGUUGUAUGCGAUCGCAAAGACGUGUCCGAAUCUCCACUACGUCGACUUCACGGGAUGUCCGCAGGUGGAUAACAAGAUCGUGGAGCAAUUGCUUUUGCACUGUAAGAAGCUCCACACCUUGGUCUUGGACGACGCGAGACGGGUUACGGAUGCGGCGUUUAGAAGAGUAGACCCACGACAGCAACAGCGUGGGAGAGCAAGAGAGAGGCUGUUGAGUGGUGGUGGCAGCAUUAGCGUCAACGGAUGUGGUUCUGCAGCUGCAGCUCCAACACCCG